AUGUUUUCUCAAAUACAGUUCCGGCGAUUUUGUUCUAAAAGUGUACGUGCCAAUUGUAUAUUCUUGCCUAAAACUUCGUUCAAGAAAUUCAUAAAAUCUCGUGAUAGAGCCAGGCUGGAUUCAGAAUUGGCAUGUUUAGCAAAAUUUGAAGAAUUUUAUAAUUGGCAGUUGAACGAAUCAACCAGGCAGUCAUUUCCAAUAUUUGAACUUUUGGAUGGUCCACCCUAUGCAAAUGGUGACGUGCAUGUUGGACAUGCUAUCAAUAAAAUUUUAAAGGAUUUUGUUGUUCGUAGUCAGGUUUACAGUGGGAAACGUGUUUUAUUUCGUCCAGGAUGGGAUUGUCAUGGACUUCCAAUUGAAUUAAAAAUAGCAAGAGACAAUCAGCAAAAACUAAGAAAUUCGAUGCUUAAGGUUAAGGUCACUUCGCUCGUUGAAACGCGAAAAGCAGCUCGGCAGAUAGCACUGCAUUCAAUUGCGUCACAACAGAAUUCAUUUAAGAGAUGGGCAGUCACAGCUGAUUGGACAAAUCCCUACUACACUAUGGAUAAGAAAUAUGUUGCGAAAGAACUCAGGCUUUUCGGUGAAUUGUAUAAGCUGAAGAUGAUUUAUCAAACAUUUAUGCCGGUUUAUUGGUCUCCAAGUUCAUUUACAGCUUUAGCUGAAUCAGAAUUGGAUUAUAUGGACCACAGCAGCACAGCUACUUUUUAUCGAUUUGCGAUAAUAAAUUCUGGAUUCAUCCUUUCUAAAUGUAAGGAAGAGGAACGACCAACAAAACUCUAUGCAUUAGUUUGGACAACAACUCCGUGGACAUUACCAAUGAAUAAUGCAGUUGCUUAUAAAAAAGAUGCGAUUUAUACAGUGGUUGAAUUGCUUGCUGAUGGACACUAUCGGCGCCCAACCCGUCAUUUAUAUAUUUUGGCUAAGGAUCUUAUUAGCAAUUUUGAGAAGGAAACAAAAAUCGUGACUAGGAUAUUACUCACUUUUGUUGGUAUUGAACUGGAAGGCCUUGUAUACCGAAGUGCAAUGUUCAGUGAUUUGGCACAGCCAUUUAUAGAGGCGAGCCAUGUAACUACUGAUGUUGGAACUGGUCUUGUACACCUAAGUUAUGCACAUGGCUUAGAUGAUUUUAAAGUAGCAUUGAAACUUGGUGAAAGAGUGCGUUGCUUUGUGGAUGAAUGGGGGUGCUAUACAAGGGAUCUCGGUCAUGAUUUAGAGGGUAAAAAUGUUUUGAACGAAGGAAACGAUCUCGUACUGAAAAUGUUCAGGAAAAACAUUAUCUACACACAUCAGUACAAGCAUCGAUACCCUUAUGACUGGAGAACAAAGCAGCCAGUAAUUAUACGAAGUAGUAAACAGUGGUUUAUUGAUGUUUCGCAGGUUGGUGUUGAAGCAGCUAGAAAAAUAAAGAUCGAAGCACUGCCUAUAGGAAGUCCUCAUUCAGAUAAAACAGAAGCUCUGUUAACGCAACUAAAAAAUCGGAUUGCUUGGUGCAUUUCACGACAACGAUGCUGGGGCACACCGAUUCCUGCAUUUUAUAGGGAGGACGGGAGUGUUGUUGUGGGUGAGGAUAUCAGCAAUGCUGUGGCAGAAAGCAUCGAAAAAUACGGCACUGAUAUUUGGUGGGAAUGUACGGCGAAUGAAUUACUUCCUACAAAAUUAAUGAAUAAAUAUGGAAUUAGAGCAGAAGAAAAAUUGGAAAAGUCGCGCGAUAUACUAGAUGUGUGGAUGGAUAGCGGUGUUGCAUGGGCAUCAGCACGUCAAAGGACAGAACCUGUGGAUCUGAUUCUGGAGGGCGUUGACCAGUUUCGAGGGUGGUUCCAGUCACUUACGUUAACUUCAUUUGCUUUGAAUAAAAAAUUGCCAUAUAAGUGCAUCUAUGUUCAUGCCUUUGCAGUGGACGAAAACGAACAAAAAAUGUCCAAAUCUUUAGGAAAUGUGGUCAGUCCUGAACUGAUUACAGAUGGUUCAUUGAAAGACGAACCUCAUGGCGUCGACGGUCUUCGUCUUUGGGUUGCACAGUUUGGUUGCGAAGGCGAUAAAGCACGAAUAGGCUCUUCAGUUAUGGAAGAAGUUAGACGAAACUAUACACAGUUGCGUGCUUCAUUCUGGUUUCUGCUUGGUGCAGUCUAUGGUUAUAAAGGAGUCAUUUGCUGUGAUGAGAAAUUUUAUAUUGAUAGGUAUAUUUUACAAGAAUUAGCAAAAUUUACACAGCGAUGUCUCAAAAACUGGAACGAAUAUCGUUUUCCCUUAAUGGUUAACGAAUAUAUGCAGUUCUUGCAGCAUCCGCUCAAUUCUCCUUAUAUUAAUAGUGUAAAAAAUAGGCUGUACUGUGGAUUGCUUGCUGAAAGACAGAAUGCUCAGUCAACAUUGGCAAAAAUUGGACUGAACUUAGCAGCACUUCUUGCUCCUAUAUUGCCUCAUUUGGUGGCGGAGUUUUUCAUGCAUCAUCCAAGCAUUAAGGAUGCUGCUGUUGCUCUGAGGUAA